UGCCCGGGGUGCGCGGGGGACUGCGUCCGCGCGAGUUGGGGUUCGGGCAGUUUCCUGUGUGUUCUCCUAGUGCAGGGGCGAUAGUCYGGACCCAGGAACAGAAGGGGUAGGCAGGGGACUAGCAGGGUGUGACGGUGGAGGUGGGAAUGAAGACCCCAGGCACUGGAAGAAAGAUACCGGUAGGGAGACCCCUUCCCGGGCCGCAGCUACCACCUGGAUCUUUGGGAGAGGAAGGUAUGGGAGGAGGCUCGGGCUCUGGGGUCUCCAGAGCUUACUGGAGGAACCGCCCGGAGCUCAGCAGUCAGCCUACAGCCGUCURGGGCAGCGGUCCUGUAGCGGCCCCAGUGACAUUGCGCCCGGCACCGGUGGGAUCUACCCGACCCGCGCCAGGGGUCAGAAGACCCGUAGGGGCAGCGGGUACCCUGUGCUCUAGAGUGAAGCCGGGGUCUCCGGCUGGGAUACCGCGGGGGCGCGCAGAGGCCGCUAGUGAUCUGGCCCAGAGGCGAUGGGACAGUAUCCGGAUCCAGUCUCCCAAUCCGUUGUGAGCAGGCGCAGACUCAGGUGGAGGCUAUCAGCUCCCCGGACGACUCCAGCCUAGGCUGCCCCGGAUCAGGGGAGAAGUUGGCGCCAGGGACCGGUCAGCUGGACGCGGCGUGGUGGGAGAUGAAGACACUGAGGCUCAGAAAGGUUAAGGAACUUCACUGAGGUCACACAGAAGAUGACGGACAACCUCUGUGUGGUCAUCAAGACGGCUGCCCAACGGCCACAUCCCUGGUGACAGCAUGGAGCGACAUGACUCUCAUUAAGGAUCACCGAAAACCACGCGUUCCGGAGGAGGGUAGUCAGGGGGGCGCCCUGCAUCCAGGUCCUCACCCCGAGGGUCCCGGGACUGUCGCAAAGAUUAACUGCCCCUGAGCCCCUCUGAGUGGGAGCGGAAAUCACUGUUAUUACAUUCAAUUAAAACUUCAUCAAGAGACAUUAUCAGCUCACUUGGGAUCGUAGAAGAAACAGGCCACAUUAUUUCCUAAAAGACAGAUUGCAGGCUGAGAGCCAGGCCCCAGGAAUGGGCUCUGGGCACUGCCCGGGCGUGUCCAGGGCACAGGGGCGGCCGCCUCUCCGUGGGGGUGCAGCUGGCGCUCACAGCCCGUGAGGCCUUCCUGGGGACCCCAGCCUCCCUCUGAUCGCCCCUGCGCCUCCAGGACCUUCUCUGUCUCCUGCUCGGUUUGGCGGGUUCCUCCCGCCAGUCACGGGGCCCCCCCGCUGACAGCGAAGAUGGUGGCUGUGCGGAGGAGGACCCUGAAGGUGCUCACCUUCCUGGUGCUCCUCAUCUUCCUCACCUCCUUCUUCCUCAACUACUCGCACACCACGGUGCCCGCCGCCUGGUUCCCCAAGCAGAUGGUCCUGGAGCUCUCCGAGAACCUCAGGAAGCUGCUCAGGCCCCGGCCCUGCACCUGCGCCCGCUGCGUCAGCCAGCAGGGGCUGUCGGCCUGGUUCGACCAGCGCUUCAACCAGACGYGCCCGCCGCUGCUCAACGCCCACAACGCGCUCCUGGACGAGGACACCUACCAGUGGUGGCUGAAGCUGCAGCGGGAGAAGAAGCCCAACAGCCUGAACGACACCAUCAAGGAGCUGUUCAGCGUGGUGCCCGGGAACGUGGACCCCCUGCUGGAGAAGCGGUUGGUGGGCUGCCGGCGCUGUGCAGUCGUGGGCAACUCGGGCAACCUGAAGGAGUCCUCCUACGGGCCUGAGAUAGACAGCCACGACUUUGUGCUGAGGAUGAACAAGGCCCCCACGGCGGGGUUUGAGGCCGACGUAGGYAGCAAGACCACCCACCACCUGGUGUACCCCGAGAGCUUCCGGGAGCUUGCGGAGAAUGUCAGCAUGGUCCUCGUGCCCUUCAAGAUCACCGACCUGCAGUGGGUGGUCAGCGCCACGACCACAGGCUCCAUCUCCCACACCUACGUCCCUGUGCCCUCGAAGAUCAAGGUGAAGCAGGACAAGAUCCUCAUCUACCACCCGGCCUUCAUCAAGUACGUCUUCGACAGCUGGCUCCAGGGCCACGGGCGGUACCCGUCCACCGGCAUCCUCUCGGUCAUCUUCUCCAUGCACAUCUGCGACGAGGUGGACUUGUAUGGCUUUGGGGCAGACAGCAAGGGGAACUGGCACCACUACUGGGAGAACAACCCAUCAGCGGGGGCUUUCCGCAAGACAGGGGUGCAUGAUGCCGAUUUUGAGUCCAACGUGACAGCCACCUUGGCAGCCAUCAACAAAAUCCGGAUCUUUAAGGGGAGAUGACAUUGCGCAGGGAUCGGGACGCACACACGUGGCACCUCGAUUUCCAGCCUGGGCAUCUUGCUGGAGUCUCUCCCUUCCCGGAGCCCCCAGGGCCAGCCUGGCGGUGUGCCCAGGGCCAGGCACAGCCUCCUGCACCCCAUUUUCAGCAGCAGCUACCCAGCAGGGUGGCCCACUCUGCCAGGGCCCCAGAGCGAGGCUUAGAACCUGUCCCAGGGGGGAGCAGCCCCAAUGCUGCCCUGAGCUGGGGGAGCUGGGGAGGUGCUGGGAGGCUCAGUCUGCAAGUGAAAGUUAUUUUGGCUCCUGGGGUGGAGGGGACCAAGGUCGAAGACCCCCUACUCUAAAAGACAGGUGRCCCCUGGGAAGAUGGGAAGAGGCUGGCCAGGCCUGACUCUCUGACGMGUCCUGGGAUGCGUGGGUGACGGCUACCUCUAGGCCAGAGCCCCACUGGGCCCUGCCAGCACCGGGCGAGACCUGCCUUGUGCAUGAAGCCUGGCCUCUCGACCUGGCCUCUCGUCCUGCCAUCCCUUCCUGAAGCUCACUGCGGAUGGCCGGGACAGGCCUCUGACCCUGGAGGUCGUCACAGCUGCUUGGCCACYGGUUUCCCACGGGCACAGAGGCCUCUUCCCAAACUCUUCCCUGGAGUGAUCAAUCUCGUGGUUCUGAUCGUGGCCGAGAGCAGACCUGACCACGUCCAUGUGCCUUUGUACUGGGGAAAAUGCAAGCACGGCCGAAGAGACCCAGGGCCCCACGCCAGGUGGGCACUCCCAGCCACCCCCUGGCUCCACGGCGGGGACUCGGGUUCUGGUUUAUGAGGGAUGACACUCGGCCACCGGUCAUCCACCAAGGAGCUCCACUCUAGUUUCCAUGGACCACUGGGUUUGGUGCCUGUUUCCCCAGGGCCUGGGCUGCGGGCCAGUUACGCCGGCCGCCUUCUUGGUGUCCUGGGGUAGAAUGGGGUCCCCACGGAUCGGCCACCUGCACAUACCUCACCUCCUCAUUCCUCGUCACUCUCCCGCCUCGUCGCCUUCCUGAUUAUUUAUUGAUGGGUUUUUUAAUUCACCUGCGACCCCCCUGGGUUUCCACAGAGCUUCCGCUGCUUCCCGGCAGCUGGGGCGGAGAGCUUAAAGGAAGGGCCUGGGAGUCCUCGGACGUGAGUGGCUGGGGUCCCGCGGUGGGCGGCCCAGGGUCGUGUUGGUGGAGUGUGGAAGUCCCCUCCUGCUUCCCCGCUCGCACCCCGUCCUCACGUGCCUCCUUCCCACCCAACUCAGUCUCAGGCCAGGCGACUCCCGGCUCAAUGAAACCUCCCUGGGGCUGGAGGGGGGGACCACAGGGGACAGGGACUGUUGGCUGCWGUUACCGAUGCCCCAUCAGAAAACCACUUUUCCCCUGGGAGACAUUUCCUAAAGGCCAGUGCUGCUCGGGGAGGUCCGUGCCCCUGUGGAGCAGGAAGGCUGUAGCCAUGGCAGCCACAGGGCCCGCUCUCCCAGCUCAGGGUCCCCACAGCUAAUGGGGAGGGAAGAAUCACAGGACACUGGGGGCCUCUGUCAGGAGCCACAUGUGGCUUCAGGCCAUUCACCAGGGACCUCAGAAAUUGCACACUGACUGUGAUUUUCCCAAGUCUGCAUAGGAGCAUUUUGGGAUGGGAGAGUUUCCGUACCCUUUAUAGACACUCAAGAUUCGGGAUCCAGAAGGUGGUUUUGUUUUGUUUUGUUUUGUUUUGUUUUAAAAAAUCUGUUUAAGCUUUAAAAUCUUCCCAUAUUUGAGACUCUAUCCUUGGGUAAAGGGUGGUCAGUCACCAUGAGGCCUGGGUGCCUCUUCUGAGGCUAGAGGUCACAGUCACCCAUGGUGUAAAGAACUCACAGAUGCUUAUUGGUCGCUGAUCCACCCCAGGGACAAACUGGAGACAGGUAGGCCCUGGUGCAGAGAGGAGCGCUGACCCCCGGGCCCCUCCUGACCAUCUCCCAAAAGCCUGGGUGUUCAGGUGACAGGUUCAGGCUGACAGGCGACCUCCUGGGUUCUACUGCGGAAGAGCAGGUCCCAGAGCUGCAGCCCACCCGCAUCUGGGCUGGAUGCCGCCUGGGUCGCUAGUCUGGUGGCCAUCUGCUCUCUCCUUCCCUCCCUCCCAUGAGAGUAUUCAGCUGCAAGUGACCUUCCAGCCCACGGGUUCAGCUCUUCAUUUUACAGAUGAGAAAGCAGGCCCAGAGAGGGCAUGUGACUAGGAAAAGUGCCCCUGUUGUAAGAGCACAAGUCCAAGAGUCGGAGCAAGAUCAGGACCUUGUUGGCUCCGUGUUUAAAAUGCAGACCCUUCUUUGUCUCUCUGGCUGAGCAGUGGGUACCUAGCCACAUGGCAGCCAGUCACAUGGCCAGAAUGCAAYGCUCUGAUUGGCCCUGGGGUGAGGAUGGCCGAGAAGCAGGUCUUUCCACCUGCAGGUGAACAGGCUCUUCUGUGUCCACCAGAGGCAGAGUUUACUGCAAGUGCUCCUCAGGGGGUGGAAAGCAGCUCUGGGCUUGCAGCACACACAGUGAAUCCAAAGCCACCGAGGUGGGGCCACGAGAUCUCAGCAGCCUCCAGUCCUUCAGGGGCCCCAGCGAGCCGGCCCCUGACCUGCUAGUGAUUUGCGUUACAUCCCUGCCCAUGUCCACUGCUAGGAAAAGGAGAGGUCUGCAGCCUUUGGCUCCCUGGAGGAGCACGGGACAGAGAAGCCAUUCUGAGAAGCCACAUUUUGAACCAGGGUUUGUCCAGCAGACCAUGCGGGGACUGGGCUUAGGGGGCGGAGCCAGGAAGCCAGGCAGGGAGCAGRGUCGGGCCAGGGACAUUCUCCUGUAAAGGGCACGUUGAGGAAUUCUGUGCUGUGGCAUCAGAAGGGCCCUAGAAGCCAAUCCUACCUCCAUGUGAACCGGGCCUCUGGGUCAAAGGUGGAACAGAACCAGAGAGAGCGUUCAGACUGGCUCCCGUGSUUCUCUGUUCCCCUCGAGGCAGCGUGAGAACAAGGAGCACCCCCCCACACCUGCUAUGAUGGAACCCGCUUCUCCAGGGGCACCAGCUCUGCAUGGCCACUGUCCAGCCAUUAGAGGGCCGGAUGCCUACCAGGAACCAGCAGCAGUCCCCUAUUUAAUACCGUGGUGUCCAGGGUGGACUUCUAGUCUGUGGCCACGUGCCCUGAGCUGCUCAUCCCCCCGUGGCCUGGGCCAGCYAGUUUUGAAGUUGUCAGAUCUCCCUCCCUAUUUGUCAUGAGGGUCCCUGAUCUGUGUCCCCGAACCUGAUACCCGGGAGGAGAUGUCAGGGCCGCUCCUGGGAGGCCUCCGCCCAGCAGAGUGCCCAGCCUCUUCCCUUCCUAACAGCCCACCAGCCUCCAGCUCCUGGUCGCCCCAGGACCCCAACCCCAGCUCAGCUCUACCUGGUACCAAGUUGCCCUCAGCUGCCCCCCUGCCAGGGGCCCAGGGCCAGGAYGGUAGCUUUAAUCUCCCGCAUCAGGAGCUGCCCACAGGGGUGGGCRUGGGGUCCCACCUCUGGGGAUUCCUUCAGCCCUGGCCCACUCCCCUUAAAGCCAAAGCUGAUCGAGCACUUUCUCCUUUGCCAUCUCCUCCCUUGGUUGUUGGUGAUUUAAAUCUCGCCCCCCUCCCUGUGCGCCCUCGGUGUUGAUUUUGCCAGAGCAGUGAGUGACCUGGAUGCACCUGCGUGACCUGACAUUGGCGAGUCUGUCUCUCAGCCCCUGCUCGGUUUUAUUUAUUGUGGAAUAUUUCCAAUGAUCCGAAUUGAAGUGAAUAAAAAAGAGCUAUUUUAUUG